AUGACCGUCGGCUCCUUUCGCAAUUCUACUGUAAGUCUUGAGCGAGGAAGUGUUCUUCGAAUCCUGGACUCGAAGAGUGAGAUCGACCAGAAGAUUAUUGCUGAUGCACCACAACUAAGUGCCUUUCUCUCUGAGGACUCCAAAACGCGCUUUGACGAUGUCUUGAGUGGCUUGGACGCUUUGGGCAUCACUUAUCGGCACAAUCCACGCCUCGUGAGAGGACUGGAUUAUUACAGCAAUACGGUGUUCGAAUUCGUUGAAAAGCCUGACGCAGAGCAAGCAACUGGUGGUGGUAUUGCGGUCCUAGCUGGCGGCUGCUACGAUGGACUGGCGGAGUCAUUAGGAGGACCAGCGACGGCUUGUGUGGGCUGGGCUGCUGGAGUUGAUCGACUGAACCUUCUCCGUGACAAACCGACCAAGGCAAUGUGCUCCGUUGCGAUCGUCCCUGUGCUCGCUGGCGAUACUUCGAAACAUGUGCUUCACGAAGCUAUGCGUGUCGCGCAGACGCUUCGUCAGCGUGGUCUGACAGUUCACUUCUGUCAUGGGAAGGGCAAUAUGAAAAAGCAAAUGAAGGCUGCUGAGCGCUACGGUAGCACUCACGCUGUGAUCCUGGGUGGAGCAGAAGUGGAGCAGCAAAUCGUAAAGGUGAAGAACCUCGACAAGCGUGAGGAGGUUGAAGUGACAAUGGAGGAACUGAGCAGCUUUGUGCUCUAUUGAACUUGCGACGUCAAUGGCACGUGCACAAGCCAACGUUAGAAAACAUCAAUAGACGGCGAUGU